CUAACAUUUCUUCUCACAUACCUACAUACUAUUAUCCAUACCCUUUAUUCUAUACCCUUUAUUCUUUAUCAUCAAAAUCGAAUUAAUUAAUCCAAAUUUUACGCCCAUAGUGAGAGAAUAAAAGAAAGAUAAUUUCCUUCAUACCGCGACAAUACAAAUAGCGUUCCCCUUCCUGUGCGUUUGCGACCUGUCAAUUGAGGAACAAAGGAUGAUCUCUUCGAGCACUGCACCAUCUAAGGGAAAAGGAUAAUGGACGACUUCGACCGAGACUCCAAUGCGAGUUCCGAGAACGAGCAUGAAGACGAUCUUAAUAUCCACGAUCAAGAUCCGGAUGCCGACCCCGACCCCGACGUAGACGGAGACGACGAAAACGAAAACCCGGACCAUGAUGAAGAUGAUAACGAGAAUGAGAAUGACAACGAGAAUGAAGAGGAGGAGGAGGAAGAGCCUGAUCAGCACGAUCAUGAACACGAAGACGAAGACGACACCCAAGAUCAUCGGCAACCGAAUGGAUUGCCAAACCCAGCUGUCACUCGAACCUCAGCUACCCCAGGCCCUCUCGCGACCCCCAAGUGGAAGCCUCGCGUCCGUCCAGAAGCCCUCAGCGCGGCCACGUACGAUAUAGUCCCCACCAUGGCAGCACCUAUGGCUACGAGCGUCAAUGCGAUAGCUAUUACCCCUGACCUGCGAUAUUGGAUGACCGGCGGGAGUGAUGGCUAUAUCAGGAAGUACGAUGGACCCGCCACGAUCAAUGGCAAGACCCUGUUGACUGUCGCGCAAAGACACCCGUUUGUUGACUCCGUCACUAAGGCCGGAGUCUUGAUGUCGUAUUGGGAGAAUGCGGAACCCCAACCAACUCCCGUGCGACAGGAAGACUUGGUUCUGAGUCCCGUAUAUAGCCUAGCGGUCCAUUCGCAAGCUCUUUGGCUCUUAUCUGGCCUUGAGAGUGGCGGUAUUAACCUUCAGAGCGUACGCCAUGACGAGGGGAAACGGAUUACUUGCCUCAAAAAACAUACCAAUGCCGUUAGCGUGUUGACACUUUCUCCCGACGAAAAGAGCGUGCUUAGCGGGAGCUGGGACAAGAACAUAUUCGAUUGGGAUCUCAAUACGGGACAGGUGACACGUCAAUUUGACGGAAGCGGUGGGCAAAUAUCCGCUAUUGAGAUUCGGCCGAUGGGAGGAGCGCCGAUUCCCCCGGAGGCUGGCGAAGAGGACAUCCCAAGCGACACACUGUUCGGUAAUAAUGACCACCCCGGUAUCGAUGACGAUUUGAAAUUCGAAGGCGAUGGUGGGUUUGGCAUAGAUUUGAACAACGGCAUAAAUGGCAUAGGCGUCAAUGGGACCGCUAGCCAGGCGCCCAAUGGUAGAGACGGUCUAGUUGAUGGCCAAGGAAGUCCCGCGCACGAUAGCUUGUUUGGAGGUAGCCCGACAGGCGGCUCUGAUCUCUUCGGUGACAAUGACGGCAUGGGAGCAUUCGGAGGGGAAGAUGAUAAUGAAUUUUCUAGAGCUAUGAGACAAGAUUCAACUCAGAACGCUGAUAUCACGAUGAGUGAUUACGAUAUGUCCGGCCAAGCCUUCGAGCCCGAUUCGGGUCAAGCACCAGCUAUCCAACCCCUUCCUGACCCAAGCCAGCAAGAUCCUACCCUUUUCGGAGGGGAUACAUCUGCAUCCUUCGAGGGUGGCCACGAAUCUUCGUCCUUGCCUCAUUUGCCAGAUUUCUCCAUCAGUGCCAAUUCGUUCCAACAGGAGCCAACGAGCGCGCAUCAAUCGACAGCCUACAAUGCUCAAGGGCAAGCACCCCAGUCGCCAUCCACCGUGUUCGCAACCACAUCAGCGCCGGCGCAUUACGACAUGACUCAGACAUCAGACAGCACUUUCCUUUCCGCAUCUAUGGAUGGAACCCUACGAAUUUGGGAUAGGCGUAUGCCGAAUCCCGUGGCGCGUAUCGGUAAUAGGCCCGGUGUUCCCCCUUGGUGUAUGGGCGCGUGUUGGAGCCCGGACGGAAAUUGGAUAUACGCCGGCCGAAGAAACGGCACCGUAGAGGAAUUCAAUAUACAGAAAGCAAGGGGAGGACGUGUUGGCUGGCAACCGGAACGGGUCUUCAAGUUUCCCGGCGGUAGUGGCCCGGUUAGCUGCGUUCGAUCCAUGGUCAAUGGACGACAUCUAGUUUGUGCAUCUCACGAUAUCCUUCGGCUCUACGACCUGCGCUCGGAACACGCAUCCAAACACUCGCCACCACCGUUUCUCAUUGUUCCUGGCCCCCCCCGCGCGGGUGUUAUAUCUAGCCUUUAUAUCGAUCCCUCUAGCCGUUUCAUGCUAUCCGCUGCCGGAAACCGGGGUUGGGAGGGGACAACCACUGAGGUGCUCAUUGGAUACGAAAUCAAUGUCCCUCCACAAUGAUUACCCUACCUUCCCAAACGCUCCGUCCACGCAUUGUAUAUUAUAACGUGAGCUAUGGCACUUCAGCCUCCGCGAUAAAGCACGCAUGAACAUCAACGAGUUCAAGUUAGAUGGUCGAGAGGAGACGAAUUAGUAGCAUGCUGGCUUAUAAUGGAUUCUGGCAUCUCUUAGGGUGGAUGAGUGACUUAUUUUAAAAUGUUAUACGAUAUUGAUACCCAAAGUUAUGGAAACGGUGUAAUGGUAUGGGCUAUUGAGGAGAGAAGGGUUCGAUUGAAUAUGAUAUUGAAAUAUCAUGAUAUUAUUCAACGGGCGCAUUGAGAGGGUAACCUGAUUACGUGUACCCAGGUAGGUAGAUACCUGGGUAUCCAUACAACUAACUCGUCGACAUCUUAAACAAGAGUAUCACAAAUUAUUUAAUUGAGAUUAUCCCGGUAGUAUUAUCCGAGCUAAUAGGGUUCGAUUUACAUAUUUCGGGAUACUGUUACUAGCCAUCUUAUCGCAUUGCAAUACAAUAAAUCUCUAUACCCCACAAU